AUGAGCACGACGAGCAAGCGCGAGCGGGAGUGCACAGUGUCGACUUUGGGCUCUGACAGCGAGGCCGCUACGGCCGAUGCAGAGUGCAAACGUCCACGCAUCUCUCAUCGGUCGUCUGGUCUUCCGCCCGAUGUGUUUUCCACCGUUCAGCGCCCUGUCUUCAUUUCAGGAGAACAAGGACUUCAGACGUUCCCAAUGGCGGCGUUGGAUGCCAUCCGCACAAAGCUGCAGAUCACGUCCGAUCCUCAUUUACAAGCCCGUUUACUGCUACAAUACAGCUCCACGGCGUCCUCUCCAGGCUGCAAAACCGCAGCUGCCAUCGACUUUCUCUUUUCGUUUUUACAGCAGCAUCAGACGCAAUCAGAGGCACCGAACGAGCGAAAGCAGACGAGCAAGAGCGGGGCAAUUGUUGUGGGAGCCACCGUUCGUGGACUGCGACAGCUACUGGCGGUAAAAGAUGCUGUGGUGGAACCUAUGAUCCAGGUGGACGCGAUGGCCGAGCAGCUCAUGCAGUGCAUGAGUGUGGGCGAAGACUUUAAACUCCGUCGAGACAUGAUGUGCAUUGUCGUGGACUGCCUCCUGCUUACAAAGAAAUACAUGCAGGUGGAGGCACUGCUGCACGCGUGCGUGCAAGACCACGACAGUGGCCUGCAGGUCAUCUGCUUACGUGGAUAUCUGAGAUUACUUGACGCUGGUCAAGACUUCUUUACUGCUGAGAAGAAUUUGACUACGGAGAUGCCGGAUGUUAUUGUGGGACAUUUUGACCGAUUGGCGGGGGUUGUGCAAUUUGCAGAGAGUGACGAAGUGAAAGUGCUGGCUGCCCAAGUGCUGGUUGCGCUGGCAGAUCUGCACCCGCAACAUGACGUUGCCCGCAGCAAGACGUUUCCGUCGUUGUCGGCAAUGAAAAAACUAAAGACGCCGUUGCUGUUGCCAGAAAAAGUGUUUUUUGUGCUUUGUAUGGCUGGAAAUGAUACGUCAGAUAUGGUGCGGGCUGAGGUUGCAAGGUGUUUGCGACGUUUUAUGCGGGUGCUUGCAAGCGAGGUUGUGGAACACGCCGUGACCAAGUCGCAGAUAAAUGAAGUAGUGGAGGACUCCGCGCCUGAGGACGGGGAGAUGGACACGCGCUAUAUGAUGUCUAGCGGCGUGCUGCUGUCCCUUUUGGAGGACGUCGACGCAAACGUGGCUGCAGAAGCCUCGCGUACUAUUGCUACAUUGGGUGAACUGGCGAUCGCUCCCGAUGCUGGUGCUGGGCAGUGGAGCGUACGAGCGCUAGAGCGAGCAAUCACGGCUCAUUUCGACGUUCUACCUCGUGUGAAGGUGUCGAGCACUGUGCAGCUCCGCCAAGUGGCGGUGAACUCUCUGAGCCGCCUGCUGCUGUGUCGGCAGAGACUCGACACAGCGACAGAUUACCCUAUUUCCAGCGCAGACAUGAGCUGUUUGGUUCGCAGUGCUAUGUCAUGUGCAGACGGUGGUAAUGCCGUGGUGGUGGAAGCCUUGCUUGUGUUUCAAGGUUGUGAUCUGUCAAGUGUCUGGGCAGUCCAGUGCCUCAUCGAUUUCGUUAUCGAGAUUGGAACUUCGCCCUUGAUCGGCCACUCUCUUCGCAACGGAGACGACAACGUUAGUGCGGGGAGCCGCUCAGACGAGCUGCUUCUUAACGCAGUACAAGCGCUCGGCAAAAAGUGUGCAAAAGUGCUGCAAACGGACGUUAGCUUGUCAGAUCGCGUUCGACAGGAGGCAUGUAUCCAGCGCAAUGGUAAGCACCGUCUUUUGGGACGCAUGUGCCGAGCUUUGCUCGGUCAUGCAGAACUUACAAAUGGCGUAGCUGCAGGAUGUGUAGACAAACCAAAGACCACGUUCGUCGGUCCUGGCUUGCUUUUUCGACAACAUUGGCCUUCGGAGACAUCCCACGUUAUCUCGCAGAGUUCGCCGAGCAUGUGUACGGGAGCAGUUAGUGCAAUGAAGAACUUGCAAGUACCUCCAGCAGAUGAGAACGUUGCUGCCUUUUUGAAAGAGACCCAGCGGCUUCUUUCAUCUUCUUCUGCAGAUGAACUUGAUGUUACCGUAAGAAUAGUGGACAUCCUCGUACGCCUGCGCCAAGACGUGCUUUCGUUUCCUGAUCCGUUAGCCGCCCCAGCGCUGACAACAAGCAAAUACGUAUCGAUGGAAGCGAUGCUGAGCACUAGUCCAUGCGUGAGCUCUGGUCGCACCGUUGGAAGUAACGAAGGAAUGCAAGAUCAGAAGGAAGGGCAAGCCUUUGCCCAUCUCCACUUUUCAAUCGAAAUGCAGAGAGGAUGUCAAGAGAUUAUCGACGUCGCCUCGGAGGUUUACAUCAAAUCUUUUGCUUUGUGUUUGUUGCUCCGCACAGAGCUGCUGCAGCUGAUCAUGCUUGGUCGCAUAGGUCUCGUGCUCGCCUUACUGCAAAACGCCUCCGACAGUAUUUCUGUCUCUGACAAGCUGCGGUGGCUAGCCAAAGAGACAGCCCGGCUGCGAUUCUUGGCUCACGACGAACAGGUUCAAGACGAUCUUUGGUUACCGAUCCAGUCGUUGUCGGGAGUUGGUUCGGUAAACGAUUUAAAGCGUACCUUCGUCGCUAUCGUUCGAAAAGCUUGGCCUGUAUCGCUUAUCAAUGCUACGGCCUUCCGCUGCGCGCUUCCUACCAAUGGUUCCAGUGGCCGAUUCCAGCAUUUGUCUACUGCGCAUGCCUCGAUUUUGGAACCGACUACGAAUGCAAGUGGAAAGUCUGAGCCGCGCGAAAUUACGGCAAACUGGCCGUUCCAACAGCGCGUGCGGUUCUUGUUGGCGAAUGUCCGGGAUGUCACGCGAGUGUUCGUAAAAAGCGUGCUACCCAAUGGCGAUGUGGUGCAUCAUCAUGUGCCAGCAAAUUGCAUUCGCAACCGAGGCCUGCGGAAAUACUCGGUCGAACACACGAUUCGGCUUACAGUGGCGCCUUUUUCGGACCCAACUUCAUUUGUUGUGGCAGUGUGCAUUAGCCAUCCAGCCUUGCCUGGCAGUGUCAAGCAAAACGCUGCUCAUGAAUGUAGCGCGGCGGGUCACGAGGUGUUUACAGAGAUAUCGGCCCCGGUUCAAGUCUCCAUCUUUCAUCGCACGAGUCUCUUGUCAAGGCCUGCAGCCGCAAAAUCGUCGACAGGGGCAUGA